UCGGCCUCAACAAAAUACUUCACUGACCGCAAUCCCACAGAAAUAGGGGUUCCCCUCCAGCCCUACUCUCCCAUGCAUCCGAUGCUCAGCCUGUACAUAAUCACCUUCAACUGCGGCCGCGAGCUGGUGAAUCCCGAGUACCUGGCCCCCUCGCUCUUUGACGCUCUUCCCACCGGUGUUGCCGUACCAGAUGUCGUCGCAAUAUCACUCCAAGAGGUCGCACCCAUCGCCGACUCCUUCCUUGGCGGCAACUUUUUGAAACCUUACCUAGACCGUGUCUCUACCACUGUUCAUCUGGCCACAGACCUACGUAGCAAUGGCAGCGAACAGCUUCAACACGUGGCGACCCGAAGCCUGGGCAUGACUGCCUUACUGAUAUUUGCCAAACCGCGCGUCGCUCAAAGGAUACAAUGGAUACAAGCAGCGGCUGUGGGCGUAGGCUUCUGGAAUAUGGGGAACAAAGGUGCCGUUGGCAUGCGCAUCGGACUGUCAUCCGACGAUACCGACGACACGCUCAACUUGGCUUUUGCUGCUGCCCACCUUGCCCCCGCCGAGAAAAACGUAGAAGCUCGUAAUCAGGACUGGGAAAACAUUGUGCGCAAUAUGGUGUUCCAUACUGAUUACGACUCGUUGUAUAGCUUUAGCCAACAAAUGCCACUUGCGUCUUCAAAAACUCCACCAUCAGACAACAAUGCCAUGUUCGCUGUAGGAAGCCACCUAUUCUUCUCCGGGGAUCUCAAUUACCGCACCUCUGAUCAACCACCCAUGUCCGAUUCUUACAAGACCUAUCCUCAACCUACUCCUAUUGAGUCCGCUCGGGAACAUUUUUCACACUUACUCAAAAGGGACCAACUAAGCCGCGAGAAAGAAGCUGAUCGAACGCUCCACAGUCUCGAAGAGCUCCCCAUCAAUUUUCCUCCCACGUACAAAUACUCCGUCCGCAAAUUCUCAGAGAACAGCAAGCGUUCUGCCUCAGACAGAGACGAGCAGUUCGACUGGGCGAGGCAUCGUUAUCCGAGCUGGUGUGAUCGCAUUUUGUUCUUACCACCCCCUCUUCCCGCGAAGCUGGAAGCACAUAUCUAUACCGCACUUCCGGUCCAGCCAACAACCGACCACCGCCCAGUCGCACUUUCCGUGAGCGUUGAUGAUCGACCGCUACCUCAAAACUCGAACCCGAAUGAUGUUCGGGUCAACCCCCCCUUCCCCGUCAGCCCCAGCUGGAGAUCUAGACAGGACGCAGCUCGAAGAUGGGAGCUCGUUGUAGGCACGCUGGCAUACCUAGGCCUGACGAAGAAGGGCAAUGCUGUGGUUAUAGCAGUAGUAGGCGCUGCGCUCACAGCUUGGUAUCUGAGUGCUUGGCUGAGGAGAUGAUUUGGAGCCUUUUGUGUACCGUUGACAUUUUCAUCGCCUAAUCGCUUGAGUCUUCGUCGCCUUAAUAGUUUUGGUAUAUUGUUAAUUGACUUGAUUCCAAUCAUCACUCGUAAUGCUCACAUCUUCGUUCAUGUUCAUCGAAACGUUGAGAUUUAUUGUAACUAUGGAAACAUCUAGCAGCGUUUUUACCGGAUUUAGAGCUAGAGCAAUCUUCGAGGAUAUGCAAUUGUGCGGGACCAAAUGCAUAUUCAAUGUUACCAUGCUUCUUGCUAUCUUCGCUGAUAGCUAUACAUAGUUCUAUGCUACUCUGUAGAAUACUCUUUUUUCCCCUUGUCUUUGUCUUUGCAAGUUCAUGUCGUUUCCAGUAUGUGAAAGAACUUGACGCACGUCACUUUUUUCUGAAUGUCGACCUGACCCCAGAGACCCAGCUUCAUCACCCCUCCCCUGUCCCCUUCAGACUUGAAUGAAGGCCAAAAUUUGAAAACAUCAACCUCACAUAUAUUGAAUAUGAUUGAAGCACUGCUACACACAGAACCUCCAAGUCUUUGCACUCAGUGCUCCGUAAAGAGACAAGUUCUAGCAGAUCGUGGGCUGCAACACCAAACACCUACGUACCACAUUCACGCCCAUGCAUUAACAACCAGCCGGUGAGUAUCGAUAAAUCCAAUCACGUGGUUACUGUCAUCAGCUUUGGAUUUUACCAGCAAUCCCCACCAAUCUAAUGAAACAUCGAGAUCUUCCACCCACCAAAUCUGCCAAUCCAUACCUCAAUCACACGCAAAUCUGGAGAUAGCACCCUUGAAACAGCCCUCCUCCACCUCCCCCUAUAUUAAACUCACAUUCAUCGCAUUCGAAACAUCCGCACUAGAAACAGAUCUUCGAUCCCCUCAAACACCCGCCGCCACCACGGCAAUCUACCCGCCUCCCGCUAGACUACCAAACAACACACAGAUCUCUCUCUUUCUCGAUCUCUUGGUUUCAACAUGACCUCCAUCUCUCGCUCCUUAGACCCAGUAGCGGAAAUAGGGAAUCAAACAUACCAACCUCCUCCCCACCGCCCUUAGAAAAAUUUCCCGAUCCAACCCACUGUAGUUUCACCAUCUUUGCUUCAUUUCAACGCGAGUAGAUCAGAGCAAACGGGGAUUCGGAUAGGUUCCGAAAUCGGGCCUAUCGUUUACUUUCCUUCCAGGCGAACAGGAAAAUUGUUGCACAGUAUGGUACGCGUCUAGGGGCGGUGGGAGGGGGGGGGCCGGGUUCUAGUGACGUCAAGCUGCGGGAUGCGCGCGCGCGUACUAUGUAAGCCCUCGCUCGCAUGUAGCCGCCUGAGCACGCUUGCUAGAGGACUACCUAAAUGGCGGGUAACUUGUGUGGAAUGACUACGGGGAUGAAACUCUAGGGGGCUUUUCCUAGUGGUUAGUGCAAAGGGAGGUUGGGAAAACGUGCGUAGGGGAGUGGGGGUUCGAGAGAUUGCUUCUUGGUUUCUAUGUCUAGUCUGUGGGUGCAGUUUGUGGUCUAAGCC